AGGCAGCGGGAGUGGCGGGGACAGGGCUGUGGCAGCACUUGAGCCAGCUCCAGCUGCAGUGGAGAGAGCUGCAUCUUCAUCCUCGUCUCCACCAUGGACGUCUUCAAGAAGGGCUUCUCCAUUGCCAAGGAGGGGGUGGUGGGCGCCGUGGAGAAGACCAAGCAGGGUGUGACAGAGGCGGCUGAGAAGACCAAGGAGGGCGUCAUGUAUGUGGGUGCCAAGACCAAGGAGAACAUGGUGCACAGCGUGACCUCAGUGGCUGAGAAGACGAAGGAGCAGGCCAGUGCCGUGAGCGAGGCUGUGGUCACCAGCGUCAACACUGUGGCCACCAAGACUGUGGAGGAGGCGGAGAACAUUGUGGUCACUGCCGGAGUGGUGCGCAAGGAGGACCUGGAACACCCCGCCCAGGAGGAGCAGGCUGCUGUGGAGGAAGGAGCAGCUGAGGAGGCCAAGAGUGGGGGUGACUAGAUGGCUGCUGUGGGCCCUGAGGCCCGAGGACGCCCCUCUGCCUUGGAUCCAGGCUCUGCAUCUCAACACCAUGGGCCUGCCCUCCGCGUGCUGCGCCUUUUGACCGCCUGCCACAUCACCGCUCACUCCAGCCUGUUUCCUCCGCUCCUUCUCACUUUGCAGGUCAAAUGCUGCUGUGAAUUAUUUUUUUCUUUUUUAAAAAUGAUUCCAAAUAAACCUCGAGCCUUGCCUCA